UCCCCAUAUAAUACCCUCAAUUCUUAGCCUUAACAUUAUCCAUCUCUUUUGUUUAGAUAUUUACGAUAAGGUUGCUAUAUGGUCAUGAUAAUAAAAUGUAACCAUGAAAUUUUAUUAUCAUGACCAUAGCGAUGCGAUUGAUAAAACAUUAAUACUAGUGCUAGUAGUAAAUUAGAAUUACAUACAUUAAUGCCACUAAAAUUAUUUAUAUAUAACUUGCAAUUUAAUUUUAUAUACAUGUUCCCUGUGCGCAUUUAUUUUUUUAGAAUAUUGUUUACUGCGUGAACGACCUUUUGUAUAUAAUUUUUUUUAUGAAUCAAUUUAUGAUUUUUAAGGAUACAAAGAAAGGCAAAUAGUAUUGCACUGAUUUAAACACAAAGUUCAGCGGGGAAGACACCACCAUGUUGUUACAUAACUAAAAUUAACUGAAAAGAUGAAUCCUGAGAGUGUAAUAGGUGAUGGCAAGAAAAUGGAUAGUGGAAGUAUUCCUUCCAUACUUCCAGUUAACCACAGGUUUGUUGAACCCGAGAAAGCUGUCAAAACUGUAACAGAUAUGGCCGUAUGGGAAAAAUCUGAAGCUUACAUGGAAUAUACUGGCUUUAUUGCCACUCUCAAUGAGGCAAUAAAAAGCAAACCUUUAUCUGUUGAUUGUAAAGUAUCACAAAAUGUAACCAAAAUUAUAAAUUUACUUGAUAAAAUAGAUAAAAUUAUAGAUGAGUUUCCUCCAGUUGAACAGCCUCAAAGAUUUGGUAACACUGCUUUUAGAGAUUGGCUUUCAAAAAUCAAAUCAAAUACUACAUGUUUAUUACAAGAAGCAUUAGAUCAACAAUUACAUCUGGCAAUACCUGAAAUAAAAGUAUAUUUGGAAGAAAGCUUUGGAAAUGCUACAAGAAUAGAUUAUGGAACUGGUCAUGAAAUGUCAUUUGUAAUGUUUCUAUGCUGCCUCUACAAAAUAGGUUUUUUAAAUAUUGAAGACAAUGUAGCAACAGUGUUUUUAAUAUUCAAUAAAUAUAUAAACAUUUCAAGAAGACUACAGAAAACAUAUAGAAUGGAGCCGGCUGGCAGUCAUGGAGUUUGGAGUUUAGAUGACUAUCAAUUUAUACCGUUUAUUUGGGGAAGCUCACAGUUGAUUGAUCAACCCAAAGUAUAUCCACCAGCAAAGUUUUUGGAGGAUGAUAUAAUAGACAAAUAUGCAGAUGAGUAUAUGUUCAUUUCCUGUAUUAAAUAUAUAAAGGAAGUGAAAAAAGGUCCAUUUGCAGAGCAUUCUAAUCAAUUGUGGAGCAUAAGUGCAGUGGGCUCGUGGACUAAAAUAAAUCAGGGUCUUAUCAAAAUGUACAAAAAGGAAGUCUUGGCAAAAUUCCCAGUUAUCCAGCAUGUUUUAUUUGGUUCACUCCUUCCUAUACGUAGAUUUCCAAUAAAUCACUAAAUGACAGUAGACUGUAAUAAUUAAUAUCUCAUUUAAUAUUAAUAUUGAACUGUCCAUUGUGUGUUAUACUAAGCACUGUAGAUUUGCUGUUUGUUUAAUUUUGUUAUUACCUAAUUUAGGUACGAGCUUAAUUUUACAAAUAUAUUUAAUAACUAUAUUAAUAAAUAUAGCUGUAUUUGUCAUUAUCAAAACUAGAAAGCAUAAAAAAAUGUGAUAUUAAUUAAUACUUUGUAAUGCUUUUUGUAUUUGAGUAUAGUGGGGACAAUGGACAAAGGACACAAACUUGGAGUGAGCUGCAUAUUUGUACAAACACAUGUUCAUUGUAGUAUGCAAUUUAUUGUAUUCUAUUAUGACAGUUAAACAUGUAUGCUGAGAUAUAUCCACAGUUUGUGCAAGCUUGAAUGUAUAAGAAGCUUUACAGAAUGAUGGAGUGAUGCAUGGGCACCUCUAAGCUAGCAUGCCAUGCCUGUCAUUCUGUGCUGAUUAUUAGUGGGGUGUUACGUGUUAUAUCUAUCACAUUUGUACAUUUGGAAUCUAUUUAAAAGAUGCUUUAUUGUUAUGCUAACAAUACAAUGAUAUUUUUUGUUAGUAGUACCAAGUAUUUAUUUCAUGUAUUACUAAUUUUAAUAAAAUAAUUAAAAUUAUACUC